CGCGCGUGCGCCCAGGGCGAGCAAUCGAGCACCGAAAGGCGGAAGGGGUCCGCUGCCAUCUUGCCCCAGGCACAGCCCCUCCGCCAUGGAUCCGGGCGCGGGGGCGCGGAAGGAGCGGCCGAAGCCGCGAGAGCCAGCGGCUCGCCUAGAGAAGGCUAAGCAGAGAUCGGCACAGCAGGAGCUGAAGCAGCGGCAGCGGGCGGAGAUCUAUGCCCUGAACCGGGUGAUGACGGAGCUGGAGCAGCAGCAGUUCGACUCCUUCUGCAAGCAGAUGCAGGGAUCCGGGGAAUAACAGCCCGGCCCUGCCCUGCCCCACCCACCCCUUUUCUAACCCCCCCCCCCCCCCAGGUAUUUAUUAUCAAAUUGCCCUUUUUAUAUCAAUAAAGUCUGUGCUGAUUCUCUGUC